AAAAUGAGAUUCAAAUGAGAGCAAUCACAAACGACAGUCGACGUUUACCUACUACAACAUAUACAUCAGUCUAAACUUGUGUGAGAAUGGGUCGUUACCAAAUUUCCUUCCUGGUGCUGUUUUGCGUUGUCAGUUUAUUUGACCAGGGGCUAACUAAUCCAGUUGAUGACCACAAUGGUGACCACCACGAUGCCCCGAUAGUUGGCCACCAUGACGCUUUCCUUAAGGCCGAAUUCGAUUUAACAUCACUCAAUGCUGACCUUGAAAAAUUCAUCAAACACGAAAUCGAAAAAGAGAUUCACGAUGUUGAAAACCAUACAGAGCAUAAUAAGCAUGAGAUUGACGCACUCCAUCUAGAAAUUAAACAUCUGCACGAGGAGGUCGAAUAUUUCAAAUCUCACCACGUGGCAUUUUCUGCUGAACUGACCCAUCCUAUUGAAAACAUGGUCGCUGAAGAGAUUGCUCAUUUCGAUAAAGUCAGAGUAAACUCUGGACACGCAUACCAUGCUGAUACUGGAAAAUUUGUAGCACCAGAAGAAGGAUUCUUUUAUUUCAGUGUCACAAUAUGCACCAAGAGGGACUCCAUUUUAGAAAUGGCUCUUCACGUCAACGACCACGAUGAAAUGAUUAUUCACGCAGACGCAGAGCAUCUAGAAUUGGGUUGCGCAUCAAAUAGUGAAAUUGUCCAUCUACAGAAGGGAGAUCAUGUCGAGGUAGUGAAACAUGGCGCCGAUGGUGUUCCUCCAUUCUAUGUCCAUACAAUGAGCACAUUCACCGGUUUCAUGCUCCAUUAAAUUCGCGCAAAGACAAUAAGACAGCCUAUUCUUUUUCAAUUUUGAACUGAUUCCGACUUUAUUUACUUUCAUUUCAUGAGACAAUAAUACAGUGUUUUGAACGAACAAGGACCAUUCAUAUAUCAUAAAGACAACUUCAAUAUCAUCAAAUUUUACAUCUAAAUGUCAACAGUUUCUAUAUUAAUAAAAAAAGAAUAGUUUAACAA